AUGUCUGCACACCUUUGUAAAUCUUGUUUACUGAAACAUUUUGAAGAAGUGAACAACAAUUGCCCACAAUGCGGAGAAUUGAUUCACCAAUCUCAUCCCUCACACUAUGUGGCUUUUGACAGAACACUGCAGGAUAUCGUUUAUCGGCUUGUACCCGGCAUGUUUGCUGAGGAGAAAAAGAGAAGAUUUGACUUUAUUCGACGGAAGAAUAAAAAGGAGGGAAUUGUUGAGGAGCCGGAGAGUGGGAAGAAAAAGGAUGAACCAACUGUCGGCGCUUACAAUAAAUGCUUCGAGGGCAAAGCAAUUCUAUCACAUCAUCGAGAUGGAAAUCAGACUGUGGUGGAAUUGUCGCCAGGCGAAGGCUUAGCCAAAGCUGCUCGAAACAUCAUCCGAUUAUCAUCAUUGGCUACGAUAAACACUUUGAAGAGAUAUUUGGCAAUGUGUUUAUGGAAAGAUGUGAGUCGAUAUCAAGAAUUGGACAUCUUUUGCAAUAACGAAUUGAUGGGGAAAGAUUUCUCAAUGCAAUUCAUUCGAAUGACCAGAUGGCGGCAAAGAGCAUCCGAUUCUUUCGUCAAGGCAAAGAUUAUUCGAGUUUACGCCUGUGAUGGCUUUUGUGGUGAUGGACAAUUUUGGCCGUUGACGCGGUGUUGUGAAAAGAACGAUUUCUUUGGUCAAGCGGGCGGUGAAUGCCAAGGCUCUCGAGCGUUUUGUGAUAUUGGAUUU